AUGCCGGCGGCGGCGGGCGACGGGCUCCUGAGCGAGCCGCCGGCGGUGGCGGGCAGCGGCGGCGGCGGCGGCGGCGGGGGGGAGGCGCGGAAGGCGGCGGCGGGCGCGGAGGGCAGUUUCCUGGCCGCCUGGCUGAGCGCGGCGGCGGCGGCGCCGCGGGAGCGGCUCCGGGACUUCCAGCACACCAAACGGGUCGGCAACUACCUGAUCGGCAGGAAGCUGGGAGAGGGAUCCUUCGCCAAGGUCCGGGAGGGGCUGCAUGUGCUCACCGGAGAGAAGGUGGCAGUGAAAGUAAUUGACAAGAAAAGAGCCAAAAAGGACACCUAUGUCACCAAGAAUCUGCGACGGGAAGGGCAGAUCCAACAAAUGAUCCGCCACCCGAACAUUGCUCAGCUGCUGGAUAUACUGGAAACAGAAAACAGCUACUACCUUGUCAUGGAGCUGUGCCCUGGUGGCAACUUGAUGCACAAGAUCUACGAGAAAAAAAGGCUUGAGGAGCAUGAAGCACGCAAAUAUAUCCGGCAGCUUAUCCUGGCAGUUGAACAUCUUCAUCGGGCAGGAGUGGUUCACAGAGAUUUGAAGAUAGAAAAUCUGUUGCUAGAUGAAGACAACAAUAUCAAGCUUAUUGACUUUGGAUUGAGCAACUGUGCAGGCAUCUUGGGUUAUUCUGAUCCAUUCAGCACCCAGUGUGGGAGCCCAGCAUAUGCAGCGCCUGAACUUCUGGCAAGGAAAAAAUACGGGCCUAAAAUAGACGUUUGGUCCAUUGGCGUGAACAUGUAUGCAAUGUUGACUGGAACAUUACCCUUUACUGUGGAGCCAUUCAGCUUGAGAGCUUUAUACCAGAAAAUGGUAGACAAAGAAAUGAACCCUUUUCCCACCCAGCUCUCCACAGCGGCCAUAAACUUUCUACGAUCUCUACUAGAGCCAGAUCCUGCAAAGAGACCAAACAUCCAGCAGGCACUUGCAAAUCGAUGGCUUAAUGAGAAUUACCCCGGGAGAGCACCUCCCAAUGUCACAUAUCCAAACAGAAUUCACCUUGAGGACCUCAGCCAAAGUGUGCUGCUCCAUAUGACUGAGAAGCUUGGCUACAAGAACAGUGAUGUCAUCAACACUGUGCUCUCGAACAGGGCAAGUCACACCCUUGCCAUCUACUUUCUUCUUAAUAAGAAGCUGGAGCGCUACUUGGCAAGCCUUAGGAAAUCUGAAGGCCAGGACAAUAUUUGCCACAAAACCCAACUAUACCAGAUAGAAAAAUACAAGACAAAUAAAGACUCCUAUGAGGACAAAAAACUCAAAGAACAAGAAAAGAAAGGGGAAAGUCUUCACCGUCAGCUCCCAAAGAAAACAGAGAAAAGUCCAGUUUCAUAUAGACAGCCUUCUUCCUGUCUUAUCUCACAGAUACAGAACACCAAGGCUCUGCUGAAGGACCGGAAAGUCACCAAGGCUGGAGGUUCGGAGAAAGACUCCAGCGUUGGGGUAAGCCCUUUCCACGAACCCCUGGCAACCAAGACAGGCUGUGUCACUUCCAGCUCCCUGGAGUACCUCGAAGUCCAGCAGCCGCCCCCCAGAACCCCUCGGCUCCUCAAGAGGCAGGAGUCCCCACAGCAGGAGCCAGCCCAGAUCGGGGGCCGGGCAAAGGACUCUCCUCUCAUCCUGAAUAUCGUGCACUCCUUCGAGUCAGUCGACAGAGAGGACCAAAUAGACCAGGUUUCCCCCUCUCAUCAGUACAGGAUUUUAGGCUCUCCAAUGAAUUUCCCUUACAAAAGCUCAAGUGAAAGGACACUGUCCCCGCUUUUCCAGCCAGGGAGUACAUCCCCCAUCCAUCCCACCCAAGUCUCUUUCACAUAUGAAGAAAAAGCAUAUCCGACAAAAGAAGAAGCAGUGUCCCCUACUCAGCUGGUUUCCAAUAACCCCUUGGGCAGCCCUAACUGUGUUAAAAGCAGAGGCAGAUUCCCCAUGAUGGGGAUUGGACAGAUGCUGCGGAAGAGGAACCAGACGAUGCAGUCGGCAAGCGACAAGCCACUGGAAGCAAGGAUGCCUCAGCUGCAGCAGAUGAGCCCCACGCAGAUUUCCUUCAAUGCAGCAGAUGCUGUCAGCGGCCAGUGUUAGUCUGACAUCCUGGGAUUUGCACUGCUGUUCUCUGGAACCUAACCUUUUAUACUUUUAACAAGAAGGGAAAGCCACAGGCAUGUUACUAUCACUCUGUAAUACACUACAGUGGUCCAAAGUAGAAAAUCAGAGAUCUGCUCGGAAGGAAAGCGUUGUCCUGUGUACUAAAGCUGAAAUACAGGGGCUCAGCUUGUGCCGUUAAGAAAUAUUAGCAUUUGGCAUCUGACUGUACAGUAAAACAUGUCUUGAAAGAGCUGCAUGAAUAUGUAUUUUUGCCACUUUCUUCUAGAUUGGGAAAGCAGCAAGCAUUGAUGGUUUGAUUCAUCAAGGUAAUUGCGUGGUGCCGUGAAUGCCAGUCCCAUCCAGGGCUUGCAGUAAGACUGUGUGUGCUCCAUCUGCCUGUACCACACAGUACCUCAUACUGCUACAGGCAUUGUUCACGUGGCUAGACAAGUGGAAAAAACUCAAGAUACAACAUCCAAAGUCAACUUGCUAACAAGCACUGCCGAGAGGAUGAAACUGGUAGAAGCCUGAAUAAAGGCACAAGUGAUCUAAACACUCAGAAGAAGCCGAGGUACUGGAAGCCAAAGCAGAUUUUACUGGUAAUUACAUGAAGUAGCUAAUAACAGAAUCAUUUUUUUCCUAAAGAAAAUUAGGAUUUAAUGAUGUCACUCAGAAGAAACAUGAUUAUUUCAAAACAAGUUUCAUCCCACAGAAAUUUGCUGCGCCGGAGUCCUGUUCCUUUCUUAUGGUGGGUCUGCGAGUCGAUGCUUCAAACAGUAAUGCAGAUUGCAACAUUUUGUGUUUGAAUACUCCCGUCACUUCUGAUUUUUGUAGCUGUACUAGUCCCGCACAUGUUAGUCCCCAUUACACCAUUGGACACACCUGAAGGCUUUUCUGAGAGACUGCAGUGAAUUAAAAAGACUAAUAAAUGACACAUGAACCUGUACCGAUGCCAUUUUAUACUGGAAGAUUGGUAAUGCAGUGGUUACCAAAAAUUCUGUAUUGUUGUAAGCGGUGAAGAUUAACUUUCUUAAAAGGCACCAUGUUCUGCAUACCAGUCUUGUUUUUCUAAGUAAAUGUUACAUCUGAGAGCUUGGCAA